CGUUGGGGUGAAUGGUGUAUUUUGGUUUCUUUUUUUUGUGGUGUGAGAGGCGGCAAUUAGCGGUAUUAAAUCAAGAUAAGCUAUUUAAGUUGUUCAGUACUUGCAUACAAGUGAGUCCAUUUAUCAGAUCAUAGAUAGAAGUUAUCGAAAAGGUGCGCGGUGUGACGUCACCGUCGGGCGGGCCGCCGCCGUGCCGCCGUGCCCAUGUCGUCGGCCACCAUGGCCUCCAGCUCAGUCAGUCAGGAGGACGCCGAGAACGAGUUCGAGAAGUCGUCGCGCCGCUCGCGGAUCCGGAUGGCUCGGGGCCGGGACGUGCGCGGCCACCAGCCGGCCGCCGCCGCCGCCGCCGCCGCCUGUAAGCUCGCUGAGGCGGUGGCCGAGCAGGAGGACGGAGCAGAGGCGGCCGGUCGACCGCUCGACGUCUCCGGCUACUCGGGAGACCACGACGCCAGUCCCAAGCCGUCGGCGCGCGCCAAGGAUAAGCGGCCAGCCAGGCCGGGCCAUGUCAACAAGGGGAAGCAGCAGCGGGACCGACGGAAGCUGCGCGAGAAGCGCCGCAGCACCGGCGUCCAGCACAUGCCCUCCACAGAAGUCAGUUCGACAGGUGGCAGCACGAACGAGGCGGACGAGGAGCUGCCGGCGCAGACCUCGCUGAGCGCAGAGACGUACCGCAACACGCAGCAGAACGAGUUCACCGACCCGUGCGUCGGACUGGCCGCCGAGCCGCCCUCCAGAGCCUUUCAGAAGCCGCAGCUCCGAAAUAAAAGUCAGUCGGAUCUGGACGCGGAUGACGAGGAGAACCAGGAGACGGAGUCGCCCGGCCGGCCGGCGGUUGGCGCCCAGAAGCUGCGCGCCAACGGUCACCCCUCGGCCGCCGCCCUCCGACAGUUGGAGGAGGAGAACCACCGGCUGCAGCAGGCGCUCCAGCAGCGCGACCAGCGGAUAGCCGCCCUCGAGGCCGAGCUGGCCAGAUCCUGGCAGGAGAAACACCAGCUGGCGCAGGAGAAUGACGCGCUCAUCCGCGCCAUGGGCGCCCUGUCCACAAAGUGACGCGCUCCGUCCGUCGGUGGCUGCCGGGUCUGUUGGAGGGCGCCGCCCGGUCAGAGACGCGCUCUCUGAGGACAGCGCGCCGGUAGACGUCAGAGGACAGCCGUCUCUCGGGACACGGCUGUCUCGGAGGGGUGCCGGGUCUGUCGGCGGUGAACGCCCCAGACCGGCUGCGCUGCCGGCCGGCAGACGGCAGGACGAGGGCUGCGCGCCGCGGCUGUGCGGGCGGCGCACUAUUGUCGGCGUUCUAUAGUCAGAAGUCAGUGACGGCCGGCAAAUUACUGCCCGGGGAACUCGGGUGCCAUAGGAGUGAGGUCAGCCGCCGAAUCAAAACCAUCAGGACGCAAGCCGCGGAGCACAUGCCAAAUUCGAGAUAUAUUACCUCGGCCUGCUGCGGCGCGUCUGAGACGACAUGUGCCCCAUUAGAAGUCGAGGUGGUAACCGCUUAUAGGUUGUGGCAAACGGUCGUUUGUUGACGUUUAAACAUCAAAAUUAGAGUUGCAAAAUUUCCCUACCGCACUACGGCAUGCCGGUAAUUUUUCACUACUGCAGGUUUUUUCGUGGUAUCUGGCAUGUCUUGCCGGUAGCAUGCCGGUAUUUGAUUUUGCACAAAA